UUCAGAGUGGACAAUCUUCAAUUCAGGCAAGCUGACAAACUUUUGCCUUUCCCCGGUGACCCCCUCCUGACUGAACGCGAAGGAGAUUUCCAGUUUCCUAUCACUUUUUAUAGAGCCAUCUGAACACAACAGGCGCAUUUUGCAUUCAGUCAGCCAGCGGGUUCUUUAGAUCAAAGUCUCCCGGAGGAAACGGGAGCGCUGAGCAGCCCCACGACACGGAUUACCGACGAUCGUUCUCGGCACCGCACAGCUGCUUUUCUUUAUACGAUAUACGCGCAUCAUCGUUACACCCGCGAGAUCGACAUAGAAAAACGAUCUGGCACAGAAUUAUUUUAAUGAGAUCGUAAGAAGAACUUGCCGCAAGUUUGUUGAGCAACUUUGGGGCGAUGGUGGGGAGGCUUAACUUGCAGCAUGUGUCUGACGACGAUCCGCUGGGCAUGAAUUUCAAAGCCGAUCGGCCUCUUGACAGUCCGGACUCGGGUUUGCCUCCGAGCCCAAGUCCGAGCGUUUGGUUACAGGGCACCGGGACAGUCACCCCUAUUGCUGAAGACGAGAGCAGAGAAACAGCUGUGGUUCCUAUUAAAUUGCACGCACUGUCAUACGGAGAAGGAAUCGAACUCGAUACUCUGCCAACUAAAGAAAUAAGAUACACAUCCUCUGUGCGUUAUGAUUCCGAUCGACACUUCAUCCAAGAUGUGACCCUGCAGCCCAGAGGUUUGGGGUUGGAGAUGUGCAGCCAGACAAUCUUGGCCCUGCCUCAAAGCACCUGGAGACAUUACAAGACCCAGCUAGAGUUCCGGCCACGUCAGAGGGUGCAGCGAUACCAGAGCACCACUAUAGUGUACCCCAAACACACCCGGACCUUCUACACCACCCAGCUCAAUUAUGAUGGGAACAAGUUGUCCAAGCGCUUCUUUACUGCUGUGGAGCUGCAGGCGUCUGACUCCAAGGCUGGUCUUUGAAAUACAGAUGGCUAUUUGUGCCUCACAUUAUGCCCAUAUGUACCAAUUACAAACCACUGCUUGCAUUCAUUGCGAGUCCCAGGAGACAAAGAUAGAAACUUUGACCUAAAACGUUUCCAGUUGGAUAGGGGUUCCCGAAAGACAGGCAGUUUUUAGUGAAUUUUAACGUUGAACGAGAGUAAGCAACUGUUUUUAAAGGUUUUAAAGAACAGCAUGUGGAGGUUGGUUUGCUUUAUCGCCGCUUUAUAGUGGCGACAGUGGUUAGAUGUAUGGUUUUUCAUUGUAUGUUGUAGUGUGUUGGUGAUUUAAUGGUUAGAUUCAACCUUCAGUAGGAUGACAUGGAAUAUGGGCCGGCAAAUUUAUUUGCCCCAUUGAAAAUUCAGCAUUGGAAUAAUAAAACUAAGCAUUUUAGGGUUUAGUUACAAUGGUGGAGCUUUCAUACUACUCUGUCACAAAUUUGUUUGUGUACACACAUUUUUCAGAAUAGACAGGGUAUUCCAGGCUGUGUUUGCACGAGGGUAAUCUGGGUAAAACAUGUUUGAUCUUUAGCUCCAUUUAAAACAAACCCUAUCUGCGCAUUUUAACUACUGUACGUUUCCAUUCUGAGUCUGACAUCUUUCCUAAAGGCUAGCUAACUUCAGCAUUUCUUGCUUUUAGUAAGUUGUAAAGAUUUUCUCUUUAUCAUUUACUUGUGAAGGAAAAAGAAAUAGUCGGGUCAGCAUUAGAAUCGAAUCAUGUCUGAUACCGCAGUCAGGGGUUUUAUAGACCAGUAUUUGAUAUAAAUUAUAAUGCAAAUAAUUUAAACAGCACUUCAGUCUAAAUGUUUGAUUUUAUCAGUUUUUAUUCUCUAUUUAUUUCCUGUUUUUAAGUUGUCAUCUUUAUCUGCACAUGCAUUGAUAGUGAGUCAUUAAAACUGCACUAUUGUCUGUAGUUGCAAUCAAAUUAUUUGAAUUCUUUUUACUGCAAAUCUUGUUUAUUUUAAGACCGUAAGUAACUCUUAAAAUAAAAUAAAUUCAUUCAAAGUGA